AUGUCAUGUUCUCGUCUAAAUGCGAAUACAGUUCAUAGUCAAAAUGGAUUAUCGUCCGUUACGAAUUCGAUUUUGCUCAUAAAAGACAUACAAAUCAGUGGAUUACAGAAUAAAAGCAAAAAUUUAUCGUUUAGCUCAAGUCCUAGAGCAAAGUUGGUAUUUAGUAUAGAUAACAUAACGACGGAAACUAAAUCGCAAGGGACUGUUUGGUCUGAACACUUGACCUUUGAAUUAUCACCUCCGAUAAAAGACAAUCUGCAUGUAAAAUGCUACGAUAUGAGUAAAAAAGGUGAUGAUGGAUUAUUUGGGGAAGCUGAAAUAAAAUUAAGUUCUUACAAAGGUCAAAAAGAAAAAGUGAGCACAGAAUUGUUUAAACAUCGAGGCUAUGUCGGAAAAAUAUAUUUCUAUAUUUAUUUUCUCUCUGGGAAUCCACCAAAAGAUGCUGACCUAAACUUGCACGACGAAUCUCUGUUAAAUGACAAAAUAAGAGGUGUAUUAUUAUUGAAAAACAUUACUUGCAAAGGAAUGAGCAGAAAAGGAUAUUUGGAAUUCUCUCUCAAUAACAGGUCUAAAUUGCAUACGACCAAGGAUUACUGGAAGAUGUCGUCAGAGACUUGUGAAUAUGAUGUAUCAUUUGAUUUGAUCAAGAAAGAGAUAAGGUUAUGCAUUCAAUGUCGAUACGGUUUACUAUUCACCGGUUUUUCAAAAACAAAACUUGAAAUCAAGUCUACUGAUACUGAAACUUGGAAAACAUUGAUUCAAACAGGAACAAUUAAAUCUGGCGAUCUGCCAUUUGUAGAAAACGGCUUUGAAGAUGGCUAUACGAGUUUUAUAGUAUCUUUUCAUUCCUUAACUACUUUUGAAGAGAUCAACAAAAAAUGUCCACAAG